AUGGACCAGCUAUUUCCUAACUCUUGGAAAGGUCCUUUUUACGGGGCUGAAUCCGCGGCACAGGACCAAAACCUGGAGAUGGAAGCACAAUAUGUCCCAGAUGGUCAACUCGCGACCGACUCUAGACACCCAAUGGGACUUCCAGGUGUAACGCCAUCCUUCCAUUCCAUAACCAACGUCGAGACAGAGUCCGCUCUGAGUAAUGCCGACGUCGAAGGUCCAUGGCAACAGGGGUUUUUCCCUUUUCAUUCCAGCCCAUAUCGACAAGAGUGGAUUGCUGGUCUCCCCCUAGCUUCGUUGGAUCAGGGUGGGUUCACUGGCACCGAUAUCCCUCAAACAAACACCUUGCUGCCGGCGGAAAAGUCCGGACAUAAUAACAACUUACAAAACAUUGCAAAAAUUUCUAAAACAUCUGUAACCGACUGGAUAAAUAUUGGCCCAAUGUUCAAGGCUUUAUACCAGCCUCAGGGAUAUAGUCUUACAUUGGAACAAACAGCAUCUUUUUUGGCAUGUCUCUUUGGUUUCGAAGCAACGGUGGAAGAAUAUAGAUACAGGGUAAAAAGAGGGUGGCCAAAUGAGGGCGGCUGGCCCAACGAAAGUGGAAGUGCGGCCGAUAAGAUACUCAAAAAGAACAAAUCCAACGCGGCAGGGUUUACAACGACGAAGACUACGAAACGAGAACCGAACCCGCAUCGCAAAAGAUCUUACAGAAGAUCUGGCAAAUAUAACGCUUGUCCUCCUUUUUUCGAACGACGGGUCCAUGUGCCUUAUACACUUGAGCCUACGAUCUAUAAGAAGCAUAUUUUACUCCUUCGCCACACCGACGAAUUUGUAACCGGGUUCCUUGACUCUUCUCUUACAAUCAACAAAGGAGGCACCGCAUCAGAAGAAAGUAUUGGAAAUAUUCUGGUUGCGGUCGAAUCAAAUUGGCGGAGCUUGUUGAAUUGCUGCCAGGGAAUGUUCGCUCUGCUGCGUAAUUGCAAGCAUUUCGUGCUGCCCAAAUCCACCGAAGAGUGCCCGCUUUCGAAGAGAGAGAAGAAGAAAGAGACAAAUCUAUACAUCCGGGGGGUCAUUGAUCGGAUCUUCGAAGGUAGGGUACUGAAUCGCCUCAAGGAAAUGACCAAGGAUAGUCGCACGCUUGUCCUAAGUCCGUUUAUCUUCAGUGACUUCUGGAGCAUUUGUCAGAUAUUGCUGGCUCUCUCUAGCCAGCUGGGAUCCUCCAAAGGUGCCUACGUAGCGAGAUUCCUUCGAGCUCUACGUCUUUCGGUCGACGCUCUUUCGGUCGACGCCGAUCUCCAGAGCAUAAAAACGGUUCUUUUCGAUUUUGUCAGGUCUCUUGAACCUUACUUCAUUGAUGAUAUUCAACAAGAGAACGGUGAAAACAAGAUGCAGACACGGAAUGAGGGCCAUGAAGAACUUGAGGCAGGUACACAGGCUGCGGAUGUAGUCCAGCAAGAAUAUCAAAACCAGGGCAGUGGAACAGGGAACGAGGACGAAGAAACCCGCAGGCAAGCAUACCUCGAGAAAAAGGAAAGUUACCGGAAGAUUCGCAAAGAGAAUAGGCAACAGGAGAUCAAGGAAAGACAAGUCUGUCUUGCCGAAAUCAAGCAUAUCAUACGGACGACCUACCAAUGCGCCACUAGAGCCUUCUCGUCACGGCGGAGUCCCAACGACCCUAACGUCCUAAGGCUAUGGGCUAACUACUAUCGCCACGUGGACAGCAGUGGCUUGAAAGUUGAGAAGUUCUUGGACAGUUACCAACUUGCUUUCCGUAAGACAGAGGAGCUUUAUGGUCCACAUCACGACUACACUGUCAGUGUCUUAUCCGAUUAUGCAACCACAGCAUACUACACCUGCCAUGCCAAAGACCUUGCUAGCACUCUUGCGAACGAUCUGUGGAACAAAACCAACGACGUAUGUAACACAAAGCCCAUCUGGAACGCCAAGAGUCGAGGAAUGGCUGAAGCAGCGAGCAUACUUGGACUUUCCACUUGCAUUUAUCACGAAAACAUGUACAAGGACUCAAAGGCAAGACGGAAGAUGCGUAGGAGUUUAGGAUUGUAUAAAAACAAGAAGAACCGUCAAAUCUGGAGGGAGACUCUCGGUCCUCCACCUCCGCCUGAUCAGGUGAGCAAUACCCUUAUCUGCCUAGACCGCACAGUCAAAUUUCUCGCGCUGGGGGACUGGGACUGCCGCAUGAUUUCACAAAGCAUGGCUAUCAACCUUAAGGGAUUAUUGUUGAACUUUUGUCGGCAAGAAGAACAGUACCAACAGGCUGCUAGAGGACAUGCGGAACUAGGUCACCAGUGUCUUUCGAGGACAAUCUCGGAAGCAGAUCCAUCUCGGGCGAUCAACAUGCCGCUGGUAGUCGCGAGUACUAUACAUCCAGCACAACUUGACUCUCGGUCAUGGCCCCCUAUGUAA